AUGGCAGCCAACUACUGGGCAUCAACCCAGCGUCGACACUGGCUAUUUUCGAGAGAGAAGUUGGCAGAUAUCCGUGAAGGAUUACGGGAGAAGGAUAAAGUUGCCCAUUCGCAGUUCCCGUUGCCUGAUCAACGGCUACUGAAUAUCUACUUUAACCAGCAGCUUAUCAAGCUUGGCAAGCGCAUGUCCACCAGGCAGCAGGCCAUUGCAACAGCACAGGUGUAUCUCAAGAGAUUCUAUACCAAGAAUGAGAUUCGACAAACCAGCCCAUACCUUGUGCUCACCACAGCAUUCUAUCUCGCCUGUAAGAUGGAAGAGUGUCCACAGCAUAUCCGCUUUGUGGUCGGCGAAGCGCGCGGGCUGUGGCCAGAAUUUAUUACCCCGGAUGUGGCAAAGCUCGGGGAAUGCGAGUUUGCCUUAAUAUCCGAACUGAGCUCGCAACUCAUCGUGCAUCAUCCUUAUCGGACUUUGUCCGAACUUCAAACUGAACUAUCACUCACCUCGGAUGAAAUCGCUCUCGCCUGGUCUGUUAUCAACGAUCAUUAUCUGACAGAUCUACCACUUCUACACCCUCCUCAUGUCAUUGCGAUCAUGGCAAUCAUCGUUGCUGUUAUGCUGGCCGCUUUAUCGGAUAAAACUGGAUCUGGUCCUCCUCCUAAAAUUCAGAAGCUGGUCGGCUGGCUUGCGGAAAGCGAAGUCGAUAUCAAAGCUGUCAUCGAAUGUACACAAGAGCUGGUCUCGUUGUACGAGGUCUGGGAGCAAUAUAGCGAGAAGAGCUGCAAAGAGUUGCUUGGGAGGAUGGUGAAGAGCAAGAACUUGGACAAGUGA